AUGGUCUUCCCGAUUUUCAAUUCAAUGGCGAUGCGGGAGCUAUCAGACUCUCGCAUUUUAACAUAUGUUGAUGACCACGGACAUGAAAAGCAAAUUAUGGUGUCUUCGGCUGAAGGACAGGCCGAUAUCUUACUGGCUGCAGUUAAUGGGAGAUUGGGUGGCGAUUUAAAGCUAAAUCGGUUGUCCGUUCGUCUUCAUCGUUCAGCAAUACCUGGCAUGGAUCCUUCAUCUAUAGAACAAUUGACACCCUUGGCUAAAACGUUCAUAGGACCACAACUAAGUCAAGCGUUAAAGAAGGGAGUGCCUUUUCCACUGAAG